AUGAUCUGGGGCCCUACACAGACCCGCACUGACCUGGAAAAGCUUCGGGAGCGGCGACGGGGGAGCAGCAGGAGGUGGUUCGGGGACCCGAGGCGCCUCGUACCCUGCCGGGCUGACGCGGCCCCGCUAAACACAAAGCGCUUCAGCUGCACAGGGCGCUAUUUUCCGAAAAUGCCGCGUCUGGUCGGCGCCCAAAAUCCCCACCGAAAAGUCCCCCGUGCUGCGCGCGGAGGGACACAUGGUGUGCGAGUGAGUCAAAGCUCCCAGCAUCCCUCCCAGACCCGGCCCUCGUCAGCUCUUCGCCUGAGGCUUUCCGUCCCUGCCCUAGUUAGCAGAUCCCUCUCCCACCCACUCUCCGAUCCCUUUCCGGCGGGAGAAAUGGGGCGAAAGCGUCUGAUUUUUUUUUUAACGAAGAGGAGGGAAAUAAGCCAUUUCUACAGCUUCAGCUACACAAAGAAACCGGCGGAAUGAUCCCUUUCGGAGACCGCAAGUCCCGGCUCGCCUGGCGCCUGCGCGGCACGGGGGUGGGAGCUGCGGCCGGCCAUGUGCGCGGCGGAGCAGCGGGCCGGCCACGCAGGCUGCCUGCUCGUUUCUGCGGGGCUAGGAGUGCGAGGCUGAAGUGCGUGUGCUAACCUUAUCUCUCCGGCAUGAGCGCUGAGAUGAAAACAUACAUGUUCCUGUAGCUCCCUCCCUCCUUUUUAAACAUUGUGGUGGUUCCUUAUAUUUUGUAGACCCUAAUAACUGCUCACUGAAUUCCCUUGAAUUACUGUCAACUCAGAGGUAGAAGUCUUGUUUUUCCGGGGUUGGGAUAUUAAGGUUUUUGUUGCAUUUUAUUAAGAAAGUAGCAAAAAGUUUAUUCGAGGGAGCUUGCCUGGCAGCCCAGUGGUUAGCACUUUGCACUCUUCGGCUGUAGGGCGGAGGUUCGAUCCCUGGUCAGGUAAAUAAGAUCCUGCAUGCCCCGGCCACCCCCCCCCCAAAAAGUUUAUUUGAGAAUGGUGAUUUGCAAAGUAAGAGUCUUAUGAGUUUAAUUUACUUACGAUGGUUAGCUAAGAAACCCAUAACAUAGAUAAUCUUCUUUAACAGAUGAGCCAGGGAGUGACUUCUCAAUCUUCUAACCUUAACAAUUUUUGGCAUCUUACAUCUAUGAACUGAGAAUGUGUGAGAGAGCACCAAGAUUUUAAUUUAAAAGAGUUUACAAAUGAAAUACAUAUUGCCCACUGAUUUAGGGUGGCCUCAGGUAAGCAAUCUUUCUCCACUUACCUAUUUGUAAUAUUGAUGUAGAGAUUUGUCUUUAUGUAACUUAACAAAAAUGUUGUGCCUAAAAUAAAAUGAAUGACAU